AGGUCAAACAAAUGGGGAACGUAUUCAGACUUACCAGAGUUCGUCUUGAUACUAGGGCACGACCGAUAUGGAGUUUUUUUGAGGCCGAUUCCGAUAUUUGGCAGAAAAAACAAUCGGGUGAAUCGGUUGGGCCCUACUUGAUACCGCCACUCUCGAGUCGCAAUUAUAGAAACCAUCUAUACUCAGUUUUGGGAAAUGUUGUUAGUUACAAUUAAGUUCAAUAAAUAUAUAUAAAUUGUACAUUUGCUGUGGUCAAAUUCUACUGUUGAAGCCUUUUUGUAGUUUGCCAGUUUUUGUUUAGAAUGUGGCAGCAAGGUGAACGACCGGUUACCACAGCUGCCUCACAGCUCUUGAGGACCGAGGUUCAAAUCCCGGCCCCGCCUGUGUGGAGUUUGCAUGUUCUCCCCGUGCCUGCGUGGGGGUUUUCUCCGGGCACUCCGGUUUUCCUCCCACAUCCCAAAAACAUCCAUGGGUCCGGAGGGGGCAACUUACCGACACCGCUGGAGCCAGCUUGACCUCCACCCCGUGCUGCGUUCAAGCCCACGCGCGCAUCUGACACUCCGAGCACACCGCCAGAAACUAAUAAGUGACGACAUGAUGAAAAUGAAUCCGCCGGCAGCGAGGACGGCGUCGGUCUGCAGGCACGCCAGGCAAAAACAGAGAGUGGGCGCUUUAUCACCUUUGCGACAAAAUCUUUGAAGAGGCUGACAGGCGCAGUGCGCCGUUGGGGCUGAGAUGCCCUGGUGACGUCAUCGGCAUUGACGCAGAUCACAGCAGCAGCAGCAGCAGCAGCAGCAGCAUCAACAACAACAGCAGCUUCCGAGCUAGCAGCAUCCGAGCUAGCAGCAGCAGCAGCGGCACCUCGCCUGCCGCCCGGCCCACCUGCACCUGCAACACUCUUACAACCGAGCAUCCUUCCCGUUUUUUUUUUUUGCAAUUAACGGUAGGAACAGCAGCGACAAUGUCCGUGUUUGUGGACACACAACGACGCCGGCCUUCCUUAUUUGAGAUAAAAGAUAAGAUGGCCACCUCCUCCUCCUCCUCCACUCUGGACGAAGACGAGAGUUUGAAGGGCUGUGAAAUUUUUGUGCAGAAGCACAACAUCCAGCAGAUCCUCAAAGAGUGCAUUGUCAACCUGUGCAUCGCUAAGCCCGAGCGUCCUAUGAAGUUCCUGCGGGAGCAUUUUGAAAAGCUGGAGAAGGAAGAAUGCAAGCAGAUCAUGGCACGGCAGAAGUCUAACAGCCAGUCGGACUCGCACGACGACGAGGUCUCUCCCCCGCCGCCGAACCCGGUCGUCAAGGCCCGCCGCCGCCGCGGAGGGGUGAGCGCCGAGGUCUACACCGAAGAGGAUGCCGUCAGCUACGUGCGCAAGGUGAUCCCAAAGGACUACAAGACCAUGACCGCCUUGGCCAAGGCAAUCUCCAAGAAUGUUCUGUUUGCUCACCUGGAUGACAAUGAGAGAAGCGACAUAUUCGACGCCAUGUUCCCCGUCACACACAUCGCUGGGGAAACAGUGAUCCAGCAAGGCGAUGAAGGGGACAACUUUUACGUGAUUGACCAGGGCGAAGUGGACGUAUAUGUGAAUGGGGAAUGGGUGACCAACAUUGGCGAGGGUGGCAGUUUCGGUGAGCUGGCCCUGAUCUACGGAACUCCCAGAGCCGCGACGGUGAAGGCCAAGACUGAUCUUAAACUGUGGGGGAUCGACCGGGACAGCUACCGUCGCAUCCUCAUGGGCAGCACUCUGAGGAAGCGAAAGAUGUAUGAAGAGUUCCUCAGCAAGGUGUCCAUCCUUGAGUCUUUGGAUAAAUGGGAGCGUCUGACUGUGGCCGACGCCCUGGAGCCGGUCCAGUUCGAGGAUGGCGAGAAGAUCGUGGUACAAGGAGAGCCCGGCGACGACUUCUUCAUCAUCACGGAGGGAAUUGCCUCUGUUCUGCAGCGCAGGUCCGACAAUGAGGAGUACGUGGAGGUCGGCCGACUCGGGCCCUCCGACUAUUUUGGCGAGAUCGCUCUGCUGUUGAACCGCCCGCGGGCGGCCACGGUGGUGGCCCGCGGCCACCUCAAGUGCGUGAAGCUAGACCGUCCCCGCUUCGAGCGCGUGCUGGGCCCCUGCUCCGAGAUCCUCAAGAGGAACAUCCAGAGAUACAACAGCUUCAUAUCACUCACCGUCUGACACAUUUCCCCCCCCCUCAAAAAAAAUAAAAUAAAGUGUAACUUGCGGGCACGCGCCGCACCUAAUAAGUCGGGGGCCUGUGGGCGGGUGGGACAGUCGCGAGGGGUCUCGGAGCCCAGGAUGCGGGUUUUACAUUUCCAAUGACAGUUUGCUCAUUACCUGAUUAGAUUUUUUUCCUCUUCUUCAUUUUUUUUUUUUUUUUUUUUUUUGCUCUUGUGCACUUUGCCUUGUGCUGUCGCGUACCUUUAUGUAAAAAAACAAAACACAACAACAACAACAUGGAGUGUCCAUUGUGUCUUGUGUACGACGUGUGUCCCUCAAGUGACAAUUUGCACUUUUCAUGCGAUUAAGACUGAUUCAUCCAAGCAGGGCGAAAUAAGAAAAUGUUUUCAUGCAGCGGGACGAUGUGAGUUCCAUUUAUUUGGUUUUUUUUUGUUUUGUUUUUUUUUUGGGUCGUUUUGCAUUUUUUUCUUUUUUGAGGUGGUGGUCGAGACAACUAGACUAUUUAAGUGUGCUGUUACUGUGUUAAGAUUUUAUUUAUGCGUGGCAGAAAUGUUCUUUUAAAAAACACACAAUAUUCUCAAUAUAAAAUACAAACCAUAUUGUUUACUGUGAGUAUAAAAGGUCUACACACCCCUGUUCACUUGUCAGGUAUUUAUGAUGUAAAAAAAAAUAAAAGCAAGACAAAUUAUUUAAAAACUUUCUACCACCAUUCAUGUGACCUAUAACUUGUAAUAAUUUAAUUGAAAAGUAAGUCAGCAAGUAAAAACACAGUGAGAAUUUGGUUGCAGAAGUGUGCACACCCUCUUAACUGGGAUGUGGCUGUGUUAAGAAUGAACCGGUCACAUUCAAACUCAUGUUAAAUGGAGGCCAGCAAACAACUGCCCCCUUUUAAAGUGUCUCUGGUUUACCCCAAAUAAAGUUCAGUUGUUUUAGGAGGCUUUCCUGCCUUUUUGUUGUUAUUGUUGUUUUUCACCUUCUUGCAUGAAAAUGAAGCACGUACAUGUUAAAGGUCACGUUAAUUGUGGAAAAAAGUUUUGUACUGAUAUAUAUUAGUCUUUUAUUUUUUUAAUCACACAAAAAAAACAACUGCACUUGAACAGGGGUGUGUAGACUUUUUCUAGCCACUGUAUACACGCACACUGUCUCAGGAUUUUCAACAAGCUUGUUAUUGUUCUUGUUGGCUGAAAGCUUUUGCACCAUUUUGCUAAUGUAGAGGAAACACAGCAGUUUUAACGGACACACUCUAUGUUCCAAAUUUAAAAAAAAGAAUUUUAACUAAUGUAAACAUCUGUCCCAUCCUAAUGCAAUGAUGUGAUAUGAUGGAUGGAUUUUCUGUACCUAUUUCUUUCAACAAUCAAUGUAUCCUAAACAAAUAAAGAGAAAGUCUUAAAAAGA